ACGUAAACACGAGCACUUCCCUGGUUACAGGUUUCUCGUUUUUUUCUAACCUGCUACCCCGCUCUAUCUCCCGCAUCAUUCCCUGACAACAGCAACGAUGGCGGAGCCCGUAGCAUCGGACGCAAUAGCAACAGACGCAGCAUCCCCGUCUCCCACCCCGGCGCUUUCUCCUGCUUUGAGUCCCGUGUCAGAGCCUCUUUCCAUGGCGCUCUCUCCUUCAGCAGGCGGCUCCCAACGACUUCUUUUCUCACACGAUUUAGUGUCGGGUCGGUACCGUGGUUCGGUCCGGUUCGGCCUUGUGAGAAUGAUGUAUGGUGAAGAAGAGUUUGAUUCAGACUCGGACUCGAACAUCGAAUCUGAUGGCGGAGGUAGAGGCGGUGGUAAAGGUGGAGGUGGCGGUGGAGGAGGUGGUGGUAUACCCUGCAGCUCAGAUAACGAGAGCGGUGCUGCGGACACCCGGAGUCGGCCUCUUGGAAGGGGGUUUGUGCGCGUGCAAUGGUACCCAGAAGGAGGAAAGCAGGACAUUCGAGAAACAAAGUUAAAACUUGAAGAUCGCUCCAUGGUCAUUCGAGACACCGUGCGACGGAUGAAUUCCAAUGACAACCAGUGUGGCAUCGUGACCAACAUUGACAUUGAGUGUGCUGUGAAGCUGGUUGGGACCAACUGUGUGCUGUACCCCGUCAACAGCAAAGACCUGCAGCACAUCUGGUCAUUCAUGUAUGGGGACUACAUAGCCUAUGACUUCUGGCUGGGGAAGGUGUAUGACCUGACCAAUCACAUCAUCCUCAAGCUGUCCAAUGGAGCCAGGUGUUCCAUGACUGUGGAGGACGGCGCCAAGCUGUACGACGUCUGUCCCCACGUCAGUGACUCGGGGCUGUUCUUCGACGAGGCGUACGGCUUCUACCCAGGCCAGGUGCUGAUUGGCCCCGCCAAGGUGUUCUCCAACGUCCUGUGGCUGUCUGGAGUCAAACCUGUGCUCAGCAAGAAGAGCAAGUUCAGGGUCGUGGUCGAAGAGGUUCUGGUGGUGGAGCUGCAGGUGACGUGGAUCACCAAGAGCUACUCCCCCAAGGGCUCGGACAGCGUCUACCCCCCGCCAUCCAUCAUCACAACGGACAACCUCUGCAGGGUGAGGAGGCUGGGAUACUACGACCACACCCAGAGGCAGCUGGGAGAGCGGGCCCUCUACGUGUUCCCCGCCAAGGUGGACACCACGCGCAUCACCUGCGACGGCCCCGAGGGGGCCCCCCUCCUGCCGGAAGACCCCGUGGCUCGGAGGUUGAAAAGAAUGUUCAAGAAGGAGUCCGGCAAGAAGACGGCAGAGACUGCAGACACACAAGGUGCCAACCAGCACUCGGCAGAGAAGACUGAGAGCCCAGAAGGGGAACGCAACGCCGACCCCCACCACACGUCGACCGCGCCGGCCCCCAACCACACGGACCGUCCCCAGCCCCGCCGCCACCCCGGCGACGGUGCCGCCCCGGACGGGCCGCCGUGGGCGGAGCCCGGGGAGCCGGACGCGGACGACGAGGCGGCCGAGGACACGGACGACACCAGCUCCCUGACGUCGUCGGCCAGCUCCACGGCCUCGUCGCAGAGCGGCGGGCCGGGCGCCGGCCGGAAGAAGAGCAUCCCGCUGUCCAUCCGCAACCUGAAGAGGAAGCACAAGAAGAAGAGGACCAAGUUCUCCCGGGAGUUCAAGCCUGGCGACAGAGUGGCCGUGGAGGUGGUGUCCACCAAGACCUCGGCCGACGUCAUGUGGAAGGACGGGCGAGUCGAAUUCGGCAUCCGCUCCAACGACCUCAUCCCCAUCCAGCACCUGGACAACCACGAGUUCUGCCCCGGAGACUUUGUCGUCGACAAACGACCUCAAGCCUCCCAGGACCAAGGCGUGUACGGGGUCAUUCAGUCCGGCGAUCACAAGGGCAGGACGUGCGCCAUCAAGUGGAUCAAACUCAACACAGCCAGCGAUGACGUGGAGGUCAUAGGAGAGGAGGAGGACGUGAGCGUGUACGACCUCGCCGACCACCCUGACUUUCACUUCCGCACCACCGACAUCGUCAUCAGGAUAGGGAACUCGGAGACGGAACCGAACAUGGCCGGCGAGAACGAGACGUACGUGGGCCAGGUGUCCAGGGUGGACGUGAGCAGCAAGGUGGAGGUGGUGUGGGCUGACAACUCCAAGACCAUCGUCCUGCCCCAGCACCUGUACAACGUGGAGUCUGAGAUCGAGGAGACGGACUACGACUCGGUGGAGGAGACCAGCAGCGGGCUGUCCACCGAGGAGUGGGAGGACGAGAGCGACAGCUGGGAGACGGACCACGGCGUCAACGAGGACGACCACAACGCCGAGAACGCCGCUCAGACCCCGACGUCCACGGGGCCCACGCCCCUCAUCAUCUUCCCGGACGAGGGCACCGCGAGGGCCGCCACCACCCCCAGCAAGCCGCCCUCCGCCGGAGGCGAGGACCCGCCCGAGGGGGCCGUCGCGAGCCCGGCUAGCGGCGGCGGAGGAGGAACCACCCCGGGAGGGGCGACGGCGGGCGACGGCGGGGAGAAGCCCGGGAAAGAGGGCACGCCCCGGGGCUUCCGCGAGCUGAAGGAGGCCCUGAAGAUCCUGGAGAGCCUGAAGAACAUGACGGUGGAGCAGCUGUGGACCGGGGGCUCGCCCACCUCCCCGACCUCGGCGGAGCCCGCCUCGCCCGCCAGCGUGCCCGCCGCCCCCGCCGUCACCGCCGCCCCGGAGAAGCCCACCAAGGAGAAGCGCUUCCUGGACGACAUCAAGAAGCUCCAGGAGAACCUCCGGAAGACGCUGGACAACGUGGCCAUCGUGGAGGAGGAGAAGAUGGAGGCGGUGGUGGAGGGGGGCGGGGGCGGGACGGAGGGCGAGGAGAAGGCCGGGGAGGAGAGGCAGGAAGCCCAGACGCCGGUGGCGGCGGCGGCCGAGUGGCCCAGGGAUUGGCCCAGCGACUGGUCCAGUGACACGCCCGUCCUGUGCAAGCAGUGCGGGGGCAAGUCGGGCGUCACCUUCACCAGUGCCAAGGGAGAGGUGUUCUCUGUGCUGGAGUGGGCACCAGACACCCACACCUUCAAGCAGAUGGAGUUCCAGCCGGCGGAGGCCAAGAAGUUCUUCAGCACCGUGAGGAAGGAGAUGGCUCUGCUGGCCACCUCUCUCCCCGACGGCAUCAUGGUCAAAACCUUCGAGGACCGCAUGGACUUGCUCUCGGCCCUGAUCAAGGGCCCCACGCGGACCCCGUACGAGGACGGCCUGUUCCUCUUCGACAUCCAGCUGCCCAACAUCUACCCGGCGGUGCCCCCGCUGUUCCGCUACCUGUCCCAGUGCGGCGGGCGCCUCAACCCCAACCUGUACGACAACGGCAAGGUCUGCGUCAGCCUGCUGGGCACCUGGAUAGGCAAGGGCACAGAGAGAUGGACCAGCAAGUCCAGCUUGCUGCAAGUGCUGAUUUCCAUUCAAGCUAGUGCGAAUCGGCACUCGUCACAUGACUUUGACACACAUUUCGCAAUUGUAUUUACGUUCUCGCGGGACCUGUGA